CAAGUCAGGCAUUAUAGUCAAGAAUUCGGACGAAUUACUCGUAAACAGCUGAUUAAGUGGAAGGAUAUUUGUAAUUUAUAUAUAUUUAAUCCCACGUCUCCGUUAUUAAUGUUAAUGGUAUUUGUGUGCAAGCUAUGAAACUGAAGGACAGUGAGAUGGAUGAGCAUCUGCGUCAGCCAUAUGAGGGCCAGUUGAUAAAAUUUACCAAUGUUGUCAAGGGUUGGCAGGCACGCUGGUUUAUUCUUAAUCCUGAAGUUGGAACAUUGGAAUAUUAUUUGAGUGAAAGCGACAAACAUGAAAGAGCUCGUGGCAGCAUCCAGUUGGCAGGAGCUGUUAUUUCUCCAAGUGAUGAAGAUUCAUAUACCUUCACUGUAUCUCCAGCUGCAGGGGAAUCUUACAAGUUACGAGCCACUGACACGAGGGACCGGCAGAUGUGGCUCAAUCGACUACGAGUUGUAGCCGAGAUGCAUACACGGGCUAUUGCUCAUAAUCAUCCGCCACUGGCUCCUCGAGAGCACCGUACACCAGGGAGUAAUAAUAGCAGCAGUACACACCAAGUUACUUCACCCCCAUCCAUGGGACUAGCUGUCUUGGAUGCCUUCACGCAGGUUGCUGAGGUGUUGGAGGAAGCUCGCAGACAGCACUCUGCACUUGUAACCGCCAUUGAAGACAUGCCUUCUUAUGGUACUGGAAUGAGAUGUACAGAGCCUAACCUUUUGCUGUUGAAAGCCACAAGUCAAGCCACGCUGUUGUGUCUCGAUCAAUGUCUUGGUGUGUUGCGGACACAGCACAUGUCUGCUCCACACCAUCAGGCAUCUCCAGUCACCAGUGUCAAGGUGGGGAGCCUUGGGGGUCGCUGCUCCCCUCGAUGCUCCCCCCUCUUGGGACGUUCGCCACGUUUACACCGACUCACUGCUUCAGAUGCCUCCUCUGCCUUCCUUCAACGACGACGUUCAUCUCCUACUCCUACUCGCCUUGGAUCUCCAUCUUUGCGGUCAUCAUCUCCCUCUCAGAGAGCACGAACUGCUCCACACUCUCCAACCCCAGGCACAGCACAUGGUAUCAGUGGAACUCCAUCCAGCCUUACUGGCCAAUCAUCAUUACCUCUGUCUUGCUCUGUAUUAGCUGAUGCCCAAGGAACUGUCAAUUCUCGCUCUUCAUCUGUUGCAUCAGUUACACCCACGUCUUCUCCUACGCCACCUCCAAUUCAGUCAUCAAGAGCAGGUAGGAAAAUUGGAGAUGCUAAGACCUCAGAGGAACGUAUACAGCAAGUAGUCAAGUGGUACUUGACUAGUAUUCAUGUUGGCCGAAAUGGGUCUGUGGCCAAGAAACCAUACAAUCCGAUCAUUGGAGAAGUAUUUCACUGUAGUUGGCGUAUUCCUCGGGACUUUAAUUCCAAAUCGCAAGAAGCUACUGAAACUUCUGAAGGUAAAACAGCUGAGGGGAAGAAGGGCUCCUUCAUCACUAUCAAGUUCUCUGCUGAGCAGGUCUCUCACCAUCCUCCAGUGUCGGCAUUCUACUUCGAAUGUCCUGAGAAACAGCUUAGUAUUAAUGCCCACAUCUGGACCAAAUCAAAAUUCAUGGGCAUGUCCAUUGGUGUAAACCUGGUUGGGGACAUAACGCUUGUAAUAGGGGGCGUUCGAGAGAGCUACAGCUUGGCCAUGCCCUCUGCAUAUGCUCGUAGCAUUCUUACGGAGCCGUGGGUAGAACUGGGAGGGCGUGUCAACAUUUCUUCACCAGAAACUGGCUGUCAGGCUGUUAUUGUCUUCCAUACAAAGCCAUUCUAUGGCGGGAAGCUGCAUAGAGUAACAGCAGAAGUUAAAAAUGCUGCGGGGGCAACUUUAUCACGAGUACAAGGAGAGUGGGAUUCUGUUCUAGAGUUCACCUAUACUAAUGGAACACAGGAAAUCAUAGAUGUCAAUGACAUACCAAUGGUGUGCACCAAGCGUUUGCGACCAAUAACUCAACAAGCUCCGAAUGAGUCACGGCGUUUGUGGCUUGAUGUGAGUGUGGCACUUGCCCGUGGAGAUGUAGAGACAGCAACCAGCCACAAAAGAGCCUUGGAAGAGCAGCAGCGAAAAGAUGAACGUGAACGUGCAGCUCGAAAUGCAGCAUUUCCUACUCAACUGUUUAACUCUCCUUCACCAGACCAUUGGGUGUACAACCAUUUCCCAGCAUAUGUAUUUAUUUCUUGUCCUAGUGCUACUCAGAUUCAGUAGGGAAUAAUUCUGUAGUUAUGUUUGAUAUUCUAAUUGCAUAAAUAUACACAUGCCACACACAGCUAUAUAUAAAUUGUGAGAAGAUACUGAUAACAUCAAAAUGAGGGAUCUAGGAGUGAUCUUGAACACAUGAUUGGCACCAGAGGGUCAUAGAGAUAAUAGAGUGAGAAACUCCUUUGUUUCAUUAGCAAAUUUUACAAUAAUCUAGUAUGUAGAUGGGAAAAGGCUAAAGAAGGUGUUGAAAAUGUAUGUUAGGCCACAGCUGGAAUAAGCAGUUGUGGUUUUCUGUCCACACAUAAAUAAUAUGAUGGAGAAAGUGCAAGGAAGAAACUAUGAAAGGAAAAUAGAAGAAAUAUAGUUGACUUUAAAAUUAUAUAUAAGGUUAUAAAAGAAUGCUAAAAAUAAAGAUGAUUUCUGUAGCUCAAGUUUUGCCUUUCAUCUUAUGAGAGCAAUAUAAAGUGCAAGUUUUGUUAUAAAAAUUUUGAUAAAUUAAGCUGUGGCUGUGUUGUUGGGUUGAAGGGAUUCAUUGGCCCUAGGGUCAUGUAAACUCAACUAUUGUAGGUUUGAAACCACAUACCAGUAUUGUAUGCUAUUUCAUUAAAACUGUUAUGCUACU